AUGGUAGCGGAUGCAAGGCUACCUCCAACACAAGAUGAUGUUGAUUCCAAGCAAUGGCCUUCUUACAUGAGUUUGAGUGUAAGUCGAAACCCUCCAACCUCAAGUGAUUACACAAAUAUCGACAUUGAGGAUUUUCGACCAACUUCACCUGGAGGAAGUCCUGGGGCUGGGCAUGGAUCACCACCGCCCCAUGUGGUGAACUCCUAUAAGAAUAUCGAGAUUGAUGAUUUCCGACCAACUUCACCAGGAGGAAGCCCUGGGGGUGGGCAUGGAUCACCACCAGCCUACGAGGUGAACCGAUAUACGAAUAUCGACAUUGAGGAUUUUCGACCAACUUCUCCAGGAGGAAGCCCAGGGGGUGGGCAUGGAGCACCACCAACCCACGAGAUUAACCCCUAUAAUAAUAUCGACAUUGAGGAUUUUCGACCAACUUCACCUGGAGGAAGCCCUGGGGAUGGACAUGGAUCACCACCGGCCCACGUGGUGAACUCCUAUAAGAAUAUCGAGAUUGAUGAUUUUCGACCAACUUCACCAGGAGGAAGCCCUGGGGGUGGGCACGGAUCACCACCAGCCCACGAGGUGAACCGAUAUACGGAUAUCGACAUUGAGGAUUUUCGACCAACUUCUCCAGGAGGAAGCCCAGGGGGUGGGCAUGGAGCACCACCAACUUCACCUGGAGGAAGCCCUGGGAAUGGGCAUGGAUCACCACCAGCCCACGUGGUGAACUCCUAUAAGAAUAUCGAGAUUAAUGAUUUCCGACCAACUUCACCAGGAGGAAGCCCUGGAGGUGGACAUGGAUCACCACCAGCCUACGAGGUGAAUCGAUAUACGAAUAUCAACAUUGAGGAUUUUCGACCAACUUCUCCAGGAGGAAGCCCAGGGGGUGGGCAUGGAGCACCACCGACCCACGAGAUUAACCCCUAUAAUAAUAUCGACAUUGAGGAUUUUCGACCAACUUCACCUGGAGGAAGCCCUGGGGAUGGUCAUGGAUCACCACAGACCCGCGUGGUGAACUCCUAUAAGAAUAUCGAUAUUGAUGAUUUUCGGCCAACUUCACCAGGAGGAAGGCCUGGGAGAGGGCAUGGAUCACCACCAGCCUACGAGGUGAAUCGAUAUAAGAAUAUCGACAUUGAAGAUUUUCGGCCAACUUCUCCAGGAGGAAGCCCUGGGGGUGGGCAUGGAGCACCACCAACCCACGAGAUUAACCCCUAUAAUAAUAUCGACAUUGAGGAUUUUCGACCAACUUCACCUGGAGGAAGCCCUGGGGCUGGGCAUGGAUCACCACCGCCCCACAUGGUGAACUCCUAUAAGAAUAUCGAGAUUGAUGAUUUCAGACCAACUUCACCAGGAGGAAGCCCUGGGGGUGGGCAUGGAUCACCACCAGCCUACGAGGUGAACCGAUAUACGAAUAUCGACAUUGAGGAUUUUCGACCAACUUCUCCAGGAGGAAGCCCUGGGGGUGGGCAUGGAGCACCACUAACCCACGAGAUCAACCCCUAUAAUAAUAUCGAUAUUGAGGAUUUUGGACCAACUUCACCUGGAGGAAGCCCUGGGGAUGGGCAUGGAGCACCACUUUCAACUUUAUAUUGA